UAAAUGUACACUUGACGUCGGCCACGAGGCUUUUAGUGUCGGCAGAACGAAAUCAUCACUCGUGUUAGUCGUGCUCGAUCGGUGGAACAAAAUUUUACGACGACGACGACGGCGACGUCGUUGCGUGCAAUCGAUCGGCAGUUGUAAAUGAUCAUUAUCGAGAAUCAAAAUCAAUUCUAUUUUCAAAACACAUGGAGUUUACUUUUAGUGAGACGGGGAAGCUGUUAAACUGCGUUAGCGUAAGCUUCAUAAGAUGGACAGCGUUCGUACUUUGUUUGCUGCCGGCAAUUUUCGGUCAAUUGGACUUGCCACCAUACAGGGACGACAAUAUUGGCCGUCAACUUCCUUCCAAUGAAGUAGAUUACCGAAAUAUCUUAGCUAGAUUAGAUUUCCUCGGUGCAGAGAGAUGCAGUGCCAACGUAAUAGCUCAGUGGGCGUACGAAACCAAUGCCAAUGAAUAUACACAGCUGCAAGCGCUGGAUGCACAAAGGUUAUAUGCGGAUUUCCAAUAUCAAGCUUGGCUUUUGAUUUCCAGAAUUGACAUAAAUUCUAUUCAGGAUCCUAUAAUUAGACGACGGCUUCGUUAUUUAUUCGUCGUCGGUCCUUCGGCACUACCACCUGAUCAAUUAGACAGGUACAAUCGCUUAACCAAUGAUAUGCUUGCGGUUUAUAAUGGAGCCACCAUAUGUGCUUACAACGAUCCCUUCCGAUGUGGAUUACGUUUAUAUCCAGAUAUAUCGCAAAUUAUGGCAAAAAGUCGAGACUGGGAUGAAUUGCAAUACGUCUGGACUGAAUGGAGAAGACGAAGUGGUACACCGAUUAAAGAUCUAUAUCAACAACUGAUUACGCUGAACAAUGAUGCUGCAAGAUUGAACAAUUUUACGGAUGCUUCUGAAUACUGGAUGUUCCCUUAUGAAUCUCUCAAUUUUCAACAAGAUAUUGACCAGGUUUGGGAAAUGAUACGUCCACUUUACGAAGAAUUGCAUGCUUAUAUUCGCAGAAAGUUAAGGGAACUUUACGGUCCUGAAAAAAUCGGCGGACAUGCGCCUCUUCCAUCCCAUAUCCUUGGUAAUAUAUGGGCACAAUCUUGGAGCAAUCUCUUAGAUGUUACCUUACCGUAUCCUGGAAAGACAUAUCCUGAUGUCACACCAGAAAUGCAAGCUCAAGGCUAUACACCAAUUGACAUGAUUCGAGUGGCCGAGGAAUUUUAUCUGUCCUUGAACUUGAGUGCUAUGCCACCGGAAUUUUGGGCCGGAAGUAUAAUCGCCGACCCGGGCGACCGUCCACUAAUCUGUCAAGCCUCUGCGUGGGACUUUUGCAAUCGUUUAGAUUACAGGAUUAAGAUGUGUACAAAAGUGACAAUGAAGGAUCUGAUAACUCUACAUCAUGAGAUGGCACACAUUCAGUAUUUCUUACGGUAUAGCGGUCUACCUCGCGAAUUUCGUGAUGGCGCUAAUCCAGGAUUUCACGAAGCAAUCGGCGAGACUGUCGCUUUGAGUGUCGCGACGCCGCGUCAUCUGCAAACUCUGGGUCUAGCGAACAAAUUCAUCGAUGAACGAUCCGCGGAUAUCAACUACCUCUUUUCGUUGGCAAUGGAAAAACUCGUGAUGCUACCUUUCAGCAUCACGAUGGACAGAUGGCGAUGGGACGUUGCUCGCGGUUACGUGAACAGGGAAGAAUACAAUUGUCACUGGCAUAGACUGAUGGAACAAUACGCGGGGACAAAACCGCCGGUACUGAGAUCCGAGGACGAUUUUGAUCCAGGUGCGAAGUAUCACAUUCCGGCCGACAUCCCGUACAUAAGGAAUUUCGUGGCUGGCGUCCUUCAAUUCCAACUGUAUCGUGCUCUCUGCCAAGCUGCGGGACAGAGAUACCCUGACAAUCCAAGAAGACCGCUGCACAGAUGCGAUUUUUACAGAAGCCCCGAGGCCGGCGGAAUCUUGGGGAGAUUGAUGGAAAAGGGUUCGUCCAUUCCAUGGCAGGAAACGCUCCGGGAAGCCACUGGUGAGGCCAGAUUAGACGGAUCCGCUCUUAGGGAAUACUUCCGGCCGUUGGAGGAUUGGCUGAGGACCGAGAAUUUGAGGACGGGUGAAAUUGUCGGCUGGUCAUACGAUGGAGAUUUUUGCAAAAGGAGCAUAGAAACUGCAGGGCUGCAGGUCUACGGUAGCGGUUUUUACAAUGGCGGUUCUGCAUCGAGCUAUGUGUCUUGGAUCGCAACAGGAAUCAUAAUGACAUUUUGGACAGUAUCGAUGCUUUAUUAAGUGCAAUGAUUCAGUCAAUAUAUUAUCGGGCAUUGAUGAUGAUAAAAAUAAGGAAAAGCUCGCUACACACCGUUAAUCUGCCAAAAUAUACCAAAUCGCAUAAUCAUAUUGCUAUAAGAUUGCCGCCGAAGAAUCCUGAACAAAAAUAAUUAAAUUAUCCACUCAAAUAUUAUUUAUUUUAAGUCGAUUAAUAAAAAAAAAAUAAUUAUUACUACUGCCAACAAAUGCGCUAAAGUGCAUAGUGCACAAACUGAAUUUUUUUUGCAAGAUAAAAAGUAUUUCAGGUAUGCAAGAUAAAACGUAUUUCAUCCUAAAUAUAACGCACUAUAUUAGUUAUGAGGUAUUUUACGUAGAGACAGAAAUUUUUUUUUUUUACAAUUAAGAAUAUAUAUAUAAUACAAUCUAUAAAGCGUGCAUGGAAAAAAAUGUUGUAUGUGUCGUGCGUGAAUGUAAGUGUAUAAAUUAUUUUAUACACUUGAACAAUUCAUGAUUCGUAUCUUGUAACUAUUAACUAUUGAUAAGUAAAAUAAAUUGUCCCUUUGUUGUAAAUGUUUGUAUUGCAACAUUUUUACGAACAAUUUCAUUUUCUAAACAUU